UGCAAAGAGUGACUCCGUACCAUAGUCCCGUAAAAUGCUGCCAUAGCCCAGUAAACAUGCGUCUGUUAAUAGUUGCAGUCGCUCUGGCCGGCGCCCGGCGCUUGGAACCGGGCCAAGAACCGCCUGCCCGGCACUUGCCGGACCAUCGCCGCCUCGCGACGGCGUCGCCGCGCGUACGCUAUCUAGUAAGAACGGACCCCUGGACCGACGGUUGGGCCACGAAAGCGUGGACGCGCCUCGCGAGUAGUGAUGUUGACGACACGCCCAUGGCGCACGUCGACGGCACGGCCCCGGUCCUAGGAAGACGUAGAAAUCACGCCUGGGCGAACCCGAACGGCGCCUUAUUCUUCUCCCCAGCACCGCCCUGCAGCGGUUUUUUUGCGACGGACCAGUGCUCGCUCGAGACAGAAAACGACUGGCGCGGCGUGCUGGCGGCCUACGCCGCGGACUUGAAUCCGGGUCAUGAUAAUGCGGCGAUCUACGCCGCCACGGACGACGGCGCUUUAGCUGUGCGAUGGCGCAACGUCUCGUUGUAUGGAAGAGCGGAUUUACGCGCCACAGUCGGCGUCGAGGUCUUUGAGGAUGGAAGGCUCACUAUAAUCCACGAGGAGGUCAUGAAUGAGGAACCGGAUUUGUUGGUCGUCGGGCUGCGGUUCGACGGUUCAGAAAGAGUCGCCGCGACGGACGAGCAAUUGAAACGUGCAGAAGCGUGGGGCACGUUAGGCGAAGGCGCCUACGCCGGCGCUGCACCACUAGCAAUGACGAAGGUCACGCUAUGUCCCGUGCCCGAGGAUUUUUGCGUCGAGUCCGUAGCGUCCAUGAUAACGCUGCGGGCCCCGUUUUUCGGCUGCUCGGGCGAAGCUGCCUUCGCGUGGCGCUGCGCCUUCAGCGGAGGCUUCAGCUCGCCGGCUCAGUUCACUUUUGACGAUGGUCCUGAUGGGCCCGCUACGAUCACGUGCGAGGCGCCGCCAACGGAGGGUUCAUAUGCAAUCGAGCUGCGCUACGCGUCGCCGAGCAAUGAUGAUGACGACGGUGUCGGCGACGGCGGCGAAGCCACCUCUGUUGCAAAUGAGCGGCGCCUCGUCCUCUCGACCGAAUUGACAAUAGACGGAAAUGCGACGUGCGACUGGUGCGGCCGUUCAGAAUGCGAUAACGCAUGUGAUAUAAACAAUGCCUUCGUCGUCCAAGCCUGCGACGGGACCUGCUCUGUCAACAUAUUCGAGGACAGCAACGCGAACUGCUGCGACAUUACGACCACGGACUGCCUCGGCCAAUGCUCAGGCGACGCCUUCGAAGGCUCGUUAGGUAAUGCCACAGUUUGUUGCCUCCCAGACUGUGCCGGAGGGUGCUACGGCAACGCGAGAGUCGACCGCUGCGGCAUUUGUGAAGGUUUCAACGAAGCCGAGGACGCGUGCGGCGUGUGCUUCGGGAACGCGACGGCCUGCUCAGAGCCGGAAGAAAAACAUGACGAAAAAAGGAGGAAGUCGGGCUUCGCGCGGUCGAUAAAACAGCACCCCUGGCUCGCUGCCUUCGUGGCCGCGGAGCUCGUGGCUACUUCGCUGUGCCUGAUUAUCUGCGCGACGCAGCGCAAUUCCCGGCGGGGGCCGCAUCAACCGUUGGACUUCGGGCCGACGCCCUACUCGAGACUAGCUAGGGCGGAUUUGGAAGUGUUAGUUGAGGAUCAUUUGGAGCACCCCCAGGCGACUCAGCCGGACACGCCCGAACAACGGCAACGAAGAUUGGCAAGGUGGGCGACCGAGGACGGGCCGCCCGUGCCUCGGUCGACGCCGCGCGCGUCGAUCUUUCGGAGGGCGUACCGUAGGGCGUUCCGCUACUUCCGGAGGAGGCGCGCCUUGAAUGAGGCCGUGCAGGCACCUCCCCCAACACGAGUCACGCGCAACGCUGAUGUUGUUAGGAGAGUAGCCGAGGCCUACGAGAGUUCAAUAACCCAGCUGAUGGAGACGGCCGAACCCGCGCCCGAAGAAAGUGCGGACGAGGUCUGCGCCAUCUGCCUCGAUGCACUCGAGGACGACGACGUGGUAAGGUUGCCGGACUGCCUCCACUUGUUUCAUGCGGACUGUUUACACCCGUGGCUGAAGCAGCGCAACACUUGUCCUCUCUGCAAGCAGCCGGCGAUUUCUCGCGUGUACCCGCGGCCGGCGACGGCGCGGGACCGGGUGCGCGCGUCGGCCAUCGAACUGCGGCGUUCGAUGGUGGCGCACAGCGGGCGCAGCCUGGAGGAGCUCGAGGCGUCGGCGGACAUGACAGGCUCCUGAGAAAUUUUUGACACAAUUCGACCCACGGUCCGGCGCCACACCCCACUCUCACACCAACCUUUACCCCGCGCCGUUGACUGCCCUGUUUGUAAUCUAGACUUGCC